AUGGAUGCAGCGUUGAAAAGCACGGGCCCACAAUCAGCAUUUGACAUCAAUUUUCGUCGGGUUCUAGACAACUCAUUACUCGCCAAGGUCGCAGUUGUCGAAGUGAUCCGAGAGAUGACGAACAGCACCAUCACAGACGGCGCAAAGUCUAUUGGCUUAUUUAUCGCCAUGGGAAAAUCGAUUGAAAACGAGUGGUAUGCCCAAUCUGUGAAAUCCAUACCCGAACUGAACAAGAAGCUGCUUCAUACUAUCAAGUCUUCUCAGCCAGAAGUUGGAGAUGUACCCAAAAGCUUAGACAAAAUCGUCAGGCAACUUUGGAAACGUGAAAUUGGAAAAUAUGCUGGUGAUCUAGCCGCUGUUCAGGGUGAACACACGGAUUGGACCAUCAAUCAAAGAGCAAAAGUUGGAGCUAUGUUGAUGAAGGGUCUCUUACAGACAGCGAAAAUCACUAGAUCUCAAGUAAUGCCUGAUGGAUCGAUUUACAAGGAAGAACAGCCCGCAUUCUAUCAAACGACUCAAUACUUUGAUGGCAAACGAGUUGGAGUGACAAAACUCAAUGAAGCUGUUGCCGAAAGGCUGGAUCGAGACCCUGCCAACGUCACUUUGCAUCCAAGAUACUUACCAAUGAUAUCGCCCCCAUUGCCUUGGACUAGUCCGAAGAAUGGGGCAUACCUUGUCCAUGCAGCACCAUUCAUGCGAACGAAGGACUCGCCGGAGCAACACCUACAUGUCAUGGAGGCCCACCGAUUAAAUGGCUUGGAUGACAUAUUUCAAGCACUGGAUAAGCUGGGUCAAACAGCUUGGGCCAUCAACCGGCCUGUCUUUGAUGUCAUGGCAGUAGUAUGGAAUUCUGGAAAAGAGUUGGCCGGAAUCCCGGUCCGUGAUCCGCAUCUUAACCUUGAUGUAUCCGACCUUCAAUCCGAGCUACUGAAGAACGAUCCCCUGGAAGACGGAUCGCAAGAAAGUCCUCGAAUGGAAGGCGAGCGAAAGGAAAUCUACCGCAGCCUGUUGGCUACUCGAAGGAGUGCUUAUGGACAGCGGUGUUCAGUGAACUAUCAACUCGAGAUCGCACGAGCUUAUUUAAAUGAAACAUUCUACUUUCCUCAUAAUGUAGAUUUUCGUGGUAGGGCGUAUCCACUUCCAGCCAACUUGAAUCACAUUGGUGACGACAUCUCCCGAGGAUUAUUGACAUUUGCUGAGAGAAAGGAACUAGGGGAGAGGGGAUUAUUUUGGCUCAAAGUACAUCUCGCAAAUAAGGCUGGGUAUGACAAGGCAAGUUUGGAUGAGCGAUUGGCAUUUACUGAAGGACAUUUAAAAGACAUCAACGAUUCGGCGGAUCAUCCAUUGGACGGCCCAGGAUGGUGGCUCAAAUCUGAAGAUCCUUGGCAAACUCUGGCGGCUUGUAUCGAACUUACUGAAGCUUUGCGCUCCGAUGACCCAACAAAGUAUAAAUCGCGUCUUCCUGUUCAUCAGGAUGGUAGUUGCAAUGGUUUACAACAUUAUGCUGCACUAGGUGGAGAUGUUGAAGGGGGUCGUGAAGUGAACUUGAUCCCUGGUAUUCGUCCCGGCGACGUUUACAGCAAGGUAGCCACCGAAGUAAACAAACUGGUUAACCAGGACGCUGAGAAUGGACAUGACAUUGCUAAAGCCUUGAAAGGUCAUAUCAAAAGAAAGGUUGUCAAACAAACCGUGAUGACCACAGUCUAUGGGGUUACAUUUGUUGGAGCUCGGGAACAAAUCCGGAGACAACUCAAAGACUUAGGUGUUAUACCGGUUCCCAACUUAUACAUAUCGGCUGCAUAUGUCGCAACGUUGGUCUUGCGAUCCAUUGGCGAAGUAUUUCGUGGGGCCGUCGCCAUACAGCGAUGGCUUACAUACGUAGCUCGUCUUGUAGCAAAAUCUAUUCCACCCGAAAGAGCAUCCUUGUUGAUGACAAAGGUGGACGUUCCGGGACAAUCAAUUAGUGCUAAUGCGCAGAAGGCACAAGAUGAGACCGAGUUAAUGACAAGUAUGACAUGGACAACUCCACUAGGCCUAGUGGUCUGUCAACCGUAUCGAGCACAGAAUCGAACCCAGAUAUCGACUGUACUACAGACCGUCUACAUCGCAGAUCCGUUUGAGCCUGCACAGGCUGAUUCUAGAGGUCAGGCUUCGGCUUUUCCGCCUAACUUCAUUCAUUCAUUGGAUGCAACGCACAUGAUGCUCACAGCACUUGCUUGUAAGGACAUUACCUUUGCCUCCGUACACGACUCCUACUGGACUCAUGCAGCAGAUGUGGACGUCAUGAAUGUCAAACUCAGGGAAGCGUUUGUGCGGCUUCACACGGCCAAAAUUCUAGAAAACUUGGCACAAGAGACCUUACAUCGAUAUAGCGGCUACAAGAUCCCUCGGAGUUCUUUGAGUGCCAAGAUGUUGAGCGAUUUAAAAUAUAUGGGUGUGGAGGUUGACAAAAUCAUGAGUCAGGAGAAGAGAUAUGUUGAUUUAGCUAGUUUGAUUCCACCUUUACCACCCAAAGGAGAUCUAGAGAUUGCUGCCGUAUUGAAAUCUCAAUACUUCUUCGCUUGACACACGUAUAACCCCGUGCUGCAUGAUCCAAUAUAUAUACUCAUAAUGUAUACCCGGCUUAAUGUCUGUUUCGUCUGAAACUGGAGUGCUUCUUCAUCCAU